CUCACAUCUUCAGACAACACCCCUUCUCUACCUUAGGUAUAUACAGCUCUUCGCCCCUCUCCUUUAUUUACCAUACUUUAAGAUCCAACACAUUCUCCUCAUAGUGCUUCGAGAUCUACAUAUUUGAUUCCCUCUUUUCCUGUUGUUAACAGUGACUGGGUGUUCCCCAUCAGCAUUGCAUUAGGCCCAUCAUGAGUCUCAAGCGCAAGGCAGCAGAUGUCGCCACUGAUGCCGCAAAGAAGUCGAAGGCCAAUGGAAGCAUCACAUCAUUUUUCGGUGCUCCCAAGGUGAAGCCUAAACCUGAGAUAGCCGAGUUCAAGAAAGAGGACUGGGUCUCGAAUCUCACCGACGAACAGAAAGAUCUUCUCCAAUUGGAGAUUGACACUCUGCAUGACAGCUGGCUGCCUCAUCUAAAGGAUGUGCUAGUCUCACCUCAAUUUCUCAACUUGAAGCGGUUCCUCAAGAAAGAAUUGGCAGCUGGCAAGACGGUGUAUCCACCCAUGAAGGAUGUGUAUUCCUGGUCUCGACACACUCCCCUUGACACCGUGAAAGCUGUCAUCUUGGGCCAGGACCCAUACCACGGCCCCAACCAAGCUCAUGGGCUUUGCUUCUCCGUCCGUCCACCGACCGCAGCGCCCCCCUCCCUUAAGAAUAUCUACAUUGCACUCAAGAAGGAUUAUCCAGAGUUCCAGUCUCCACCCAAGAAUGGCGGUCUUCUGACGCCUUGGGCCGAGCGUGGCGUUCUCAUGAUCAAUACGUGUCUGACCGUGAGACGCGCAGAGGCUAAUUCGCACUCGGGUAAAGGUUGGGAGCAAUUGACCCAGAAGGUGAUUGAUACAGUGGCGAAGACGCGGAACCAGGGCGUGGUGUUCUUAGCUUGGGGUAAUCCUGCCGCCAAUAGAGUUAAGGAAGUCAACAAGGAGCGGCAUUUAAUACUCAAGAGCGUGCAUCCAAGCCCGCUCAGUGCAAGUAGAGGAUGGUUUGACUGCGGUCACUUCAAGAAAACCAACGAAUGGUUGGUCCAAAAAUACGGCAAGGGAUCAGAGAUUGAUUGGAAUCUUCAAGUUGACCCGGAAGAAGCCGGGGUUUGAAUGAUGCUCAGAGACGCUAGUCAUUCACGCUGCUGGUAGAUUCAUCAGUCAAUUGCGCUUGGAUAACAAUGCUCGAAUCUGCUCUGCAAGUUAUGUUACUUUUCGGCCAUGGUGUUGGGAAGGAGUUCGGUUUCGGUCAAAAGAGUAAUUGGUUAUGUAUAACAUCCACUCUCCAAUCUGACAGGAGUAUAAGUGGUUAUGAACAUCUGGGGUCUAGUUCCAGAGCUUAUAAAAUGAACAUUUUGGUAAAGUCUA